UUUGUUAGAAAUGUUGCAAAUCUGAAGUUUUACUUUGCAACUUUCUUUGGUGGCUUACACUAAAUGCGUCAAUCUCGCUUGUAUGUUGUAUAACUCCAAAUCGUAAAUCAUCAAAACCAUUUUGGUGUCUGAAUAUUCUUUUGGUGUCUUCUUCUUUGCUCUCUAUUAAAGGAUCCAGAAACCCCUUCACAACAAUGUGAGAGAGAGAGAGAGAGAGAGAGAGAGAGAGAGAGAGAGAGAGAGAGAGAGAGAGAGAGAGAGUCAAGUAUCUCCUCAAGAUCACUAUUACCACAAAAAUAAAAGUAUUCAAGAAGACUGCAUGGAUCUAGAAGAUUGGGAGUUACUCCCCAAGAAUCUCUACAAGGGUCUCGAUCUCGAUCACGACGAGGAUCAUGAGGCAGCGAUGAGGAUCAUCAGAAACACUGAGAAAAGCUUCGAUAUGGAUUACUUUAUCUGCCCGACACAAGAUCCUGUCGGAAAAAUAGAGUUCCAUAGAAGACCAAGCGUGGUCCCCACACAGCUCCUCCAAGUUCCCGUUAAUUGGGAACCUGUGUACACCGUGGACGACACAGAUCACAAGAAGAACCAGGAUCAGGAUCCGGAACUUGUGACGGAAUCUGUUCCGUCGCCGAGAAUAACCUUCAAAACAGCGAAGGAAAACGAAUUUGUCGACAUGAAAAUAGACUUACCAGCGAGGUUCACAAGUCCUCUGCCUCAGAAAGAUGACGAACACUCUGUCUCAGGAAGAGUGUUAGCAAGAGAGUACUACGGUGAGAUGGGAACAGAGGUUGAGGAAGGUGGUGACGUGAAGUGCAAGAAAGAAGUUGAGUGGGAGGAGGAGGAGAAGAACAAACGUGGUGAAAAAAUGAAUCUGUGGAAGAUGGGUCUUCAUGGAAUUGGAGCUAUAUGUUCAUUUGGUGUUGCUACUGCUGCUGCCACUUUAUAUGUCUUCUUCCUUGGACGCAACAAUAGCAUACGAGGUUGUCGGAACAAGAACCAGAUCCUCAGGUUCCAGAUCUACUCUGAUGAUAACAAGCGAAUGAAGGAAGUAGUGAAGCAUGCAACAAAACUAAAUGAAGCAAUCUCUGUGCUGAAAGGUCUUCCGGUGGCAAGAGCUCAGAUAUCUUUUGGAGGACACUAUGAUGGACUUUGAAAUCAUAGCCAUCCCACCCGUUUAUAGAUACAUCAGAGCCAAAUGUCUACUGUUCUAUUACCAUGGGCUCUAUAGCUUCUAUGCACUAUGAAUUUAGGAAAUUCAGUAUUGUAUGAUGUUUGUAAAAUUUACAUUAUUUGUCCGAAUACAUCUAGUUAUAUGAACGAUGAUAUACUUAAGAGAUUGUACACU